AUGGGUGGAGCUGUUUCUUCUGGUGUCAGUGUUGUAGAAGAAACUAAAACUGAAGCUGAAGAAGCCGCAAGUCCACCGACUACGAGUACUCCAACCAGCAGUGCCGUAUACCAAGAAAGGCCACAGCCCAUCACUGCUGUAAGGAAUAGGAAAGAAGAAAGUGAUGAAACCCGACACUUAUCUUUAGAAGAACUGCAAAGAAUUGUACUUUUAGAACAGUUGGAAGUGUUCAAAUUAAAAAAGGAGAAAUUACUAUGGGAAAAACAAAUGAGAGAAAGAACUGGGUGUGAAUUACAUUUUGAAAAUUCUGAAUAAAGUAUACUUACUCUUAAAUUAUGAAUUGUUUACAAUUUCGUUUCUCCUCUGCUGCCGUUGAGCACUGGUGUUCAUGCUCUCAUGAAGUUCCAUUACAGACGAUUCUUAUUCAAUUUUCAUGUCCUCAAAACCCUCAUCCUUGGGUAUUUUUUCUAUAUUAAGUUAAACAAAGCAACUUAGAAUAGUUUGAGAGAUUCCUUUCAUUGGUGCAUUGUAGACGUACCUAACAUGUAAAAGAAUGUUUAUCGUGACAUACGUGUUAGAAAUGUAUGUU